AUGGAGCGGGAGCUACCCCUGGCGGCAGGUCGGGGAGCUGCGCUCUGUCUUGCUUCUUUCCCAGGCUCCAUCCCUGGCGGGCGGAGGGGGGUGGAGGUUGCUGUCUGUCUUGCGAUGAGCUCAGAGCAGCUGAGGGGGGAGGGGGGAGAGAAGGGGGGGAGGGACCCGCCUAUAAAAGCGCACAGCGGCCACUGCGCCACGGAUCGACCGGGCGAGGAGGACAAGCCGAGAGCGACUCGAGAGGUGAUGCAGCUGCGGCGCUUUUGCAGGAAAAGUGGAGGCGGCGCGCAAAGUCGGCUGGAUUUUGCGCCCUUCGCCUCCAAACAGCGGCUGCGGAUAUCUGCGCAGGCCGGGCAGGGUUUGCAAAGGGCUGGGAAGCGCGCGCGCGAGGGGAGGCGAGGAUGGUUAAUAUUUGCAAAGGCAGAACCCCCCGUUUCCUUUCCGGAGCAGCGCAUCCACACGUGCGCGGAGCCGGAGAGGCGAGCUCUGCAGUGCGCACCUGCUUCGGAGUAGGUCAAGUGGGGCGGGGAGGGGUGGUCGACUCAAGAAACGACCACCGCACAUCUGCUGUGUAGGUGGAUGCGGGGAAAGCCCUAGUCUGACCUGCGCGGGUACACGCGUCACGUGUGAACGCUUUCCGUCAAGGACGCGGUUAGAAAACGGCCUUUUUGGGGAUGGUGGGAAAGGAGCGGGUCUUUGCGGGAGAACUCGGGCUGGGACGUCUUGCGUUGCUGGAGGGGUGUGUGUCUGUCUGUGUACGCGCACGCGCGUGGGUUGGUCUGUGCGCGCGUGCUCGGCGUGGGGUGUGGGGGAGAGGAUGGGCUGGGUCCGCCCCCGAGACAUUGAUGGGAACGAGGGCAGGCUGUGUCGCCUAGUGGUUGGGAACCUGGCUCCUGAACGCAGUCUCCAGGGGGUACGCUGGAGGGAAGUGCUGUAUAGUGGUGAGAACCCAGGCCUUGUGCUCCCCCCCUUCAAUUAAGAGUCUUUCACUUCCUUAUACUGAAUGGAGUUGGGAGCUUCCUUAUCCAGAGUCAAACCGUUGUCCCACCUCUCCCUGCACUGACUGGCAGCAUCCCUCUGGGAAUUCAGACAAGGGAGCCUUCAGCUGCCCUCCCUGGAGAUGUGGGAGGCUGCGGGGUGGUGGUGGUGGCAUCGGUGCAGAUCCAGUGCCCUGAGCCCCGCCCUCGUUGCCAUGCAGAAUCCGUCCCUGGCCUUGAGGAUGGGCAAGGCUUUGUCACCGCAGCUGAGUUGGGUCAGAUUAAGCAGACCAGGAACACCGUGUUCCUUUCAUAGGCUGGGCACGGUGUCCCUGAUGCACUUUCUGGCUCCGUGGCUGCCUUUGGGAAACAAUGCUUUGCUGACCCCGGAAUGGCACUCGGGCAGAGAGUUGUUGACGCAUCAGCGGUGGGCUUUCGCCUGGCAAGGUUUCUAGACCUCAUGACCGUUCAAAACAUGCCUCUGAAUUCCUAUCUGGGGCUUUGGCAGAGGGAGGAAGUGUGCAGGUCUUGGCCAGUCUAGAUGCCGCCAUGGGGGAAACCGAGGAAGGGGAGGGUGGGGUGGAGUUUGAGGGGGCAGGCCCUGCACCACCCCAAAUUGCAAGAGGGAGGGCACCUCAAUCCCUUCCAGCUCCCUCUUUCCUCGCCCGAGUUGCAGCCUUCAUCCAGCUCAAAAAGGAUAUUGUAGAGGUGGGAGAAGUUUAGAAAACUGCACGCAAAAUUGAAGGGAUGGAACGACUCCAUGAAGAAAGGUUGCAGCCUUUGGGGCUUUUUAGUUCAGAGAAAAGACGAGCAGAAACAGAACUCUGGAGGAGGGAGGGAACCCCAAAGGUCAUCCAGCUCAACCCCCCGCAAUGCAGGAAUCGCAACUAAAGCAUCCUUGACAGAUGGCCACCCAACCUUUGCUUGAAAGCCUCCAACCUCAUGGAUGCUACAGUUGAGAUUCCUGCCUUGCAGGGGGUUGGUCUGGAUGACCUUUGAGGUCCCCUCCAACUCUAUGAUUCUGCGAUGGAGAGUGCGUCGCCUUCCAAGGGAGUCUGUAUCACUGUCGAACAGCUUUCAGCCAUAAGGAAGAGGAUAAAAAAUUAUGCCUGGCCUGGAGGUAGUGGAUAGAGGAUGACUCAUAACUCUCUCAUAACUCUAGAAUUUGUGAACGCGGGUGGCGCUGUGGGUUCAACCACAGAGCCUAGGACUUGCCGAUCAGAAGGUUGGCGGUUCGAAUCCCCGCGACAGGGUGUGCUCCCGUUCCUCGGUCCCUGCUCCUGCCAAUCUAGCAGUUCGAAAGCACCUCAAAGUGUAAGUAGAUGAAUAGGUACCGCUCUGGCGGGAAGGUAAACGGCGUUUCCAUGCGCUGCUCUGGUUCGCCAGAAGUGGCUUAGUCCUGCUGGCCACAUGACCCGGAAGCUGUACGCUGGCUCCCUCGACCAGUAAAGCGAGAUGAGCACCGCAACCCCAGAGUCGGCCACGACUGGACCUAAUGGUCAGGGGUCCCUUUACCUUUACCUUUAAUGAAGCUGAAGGUUAGAAGAUUCAGGACAGAUUCACUCAGUGCAGAAACUAUGGAACUCCCUGCCACAUGCAGCUUGGAUGGUUUGAAAAAAGGGUGACCUGAUCCAGCAGGCUCUCCUUCGGUUCUUUUUUUAAUGAAAUCAUUUUUAUUUGAUUUUACAAACAUAAAAUUAUAGUGUUUUGCAAGUGAGAUUAAAACCCUGCUGUUUUCAUCUUCUUGCAACCGUCUCUCAAACAGAUUAUAAAUUUCCUCCAUUCUUUUUAAAAGUUUUCAUCCUCUUGAUUCCUUCGCUUUCUGGUCAACUUUGCCAUCUCUGCACAGUCCAUCAGCUCAGCUUGGCAUUCCUCCCUCAUAGGGAACUCUUUCUUCUUUCCAUCCCUGGGCUAGUAGCGUCCGUGCGGCUGUUGUCGCGUACAUAAAAAGUCUUUUCUGGUCUCCUUUGGAACAUCUGUACCCAUAAUUCCUAAUAGAAAAGCUUCUGUUUUUUUUUUUAAACAAAAGUUAUUUUAAACAUUUUUUUUCAUUUCAUUAUAUAUCAUCUCCCAGAAAGGGCACUUCUUAGGUUCUAGUGAGCUCUAAAAUGGGCCUUUUGCAGCCGAAUAGCAACCCACCAGCCGUGUCGUUUCAUUUUUCUGCAAUUGCAGUUCUUUGUGGCAGCGUUUGAUACUUCUCUUCCUUCUCUCCCUCUCUCCCCCUCUUGUGCCUGGAAAAUUGUUGCAGAUUUUUAGGCGUUUGGGGCAGCUUGUUCCUUAAGUGCAAGACCCGGGGCAGGAUCCGUUUGAUCUCUCACGAUGGGCUUUGUUCCUGCUCUGAAAUGCGAUUGCACCGGAUAGCUGUGCUCUGGUGCUCAAAGAGCAGCAGGGAAGAGUGUCAAACGCGAGGGCUCUAGAGGGAUGACAAUAGUGAUCAUAUCUCUCUUGCACACCCCCGUGAUUUGGUGCCCCAUUCAUUUUGACACUGGGUCUUGCCUUGAAAGGCUUUCGGCCCUUGGCUGUUCUCCCAAGUUUGCAGGCAGCGUAUUCUUCUGCGUUAAUGAGAGCUAGAAACUUGCUUGGGUUUUUUUAACCCAAAUCUCAAAAGAUUCCUGGAAGAGUAUUCAUAAAAGCUGGCCAAAUUUGCUCCUCUCCCCCCUGCGAAAGAGCCGGUCAUGUCUGCAAACAGGGAACGCUUGCUGUAUUCAGAGUGCCGCAGCAGAUGGCUUAUUGCUAUCAAAUAAUACAAAGAUUGUGCCUGUUAUUGGGGUGGAAGGACUUGCCCGCAUCGCAGAGCUGGCAUCAUGUAAGAGGCAUUUGACAGUGGAACAGAUUCCCUCGGAAGGUGGUGGAGGUUUUUAAGCGAAGGUUGGAUGGCUCUCUGUCAGGGAUGCUUUAGUUGAGAUUCCAGCCUUGCAGGGGGUUGGACUAGAUGUUAGAAACUAAAAUAUAUAAGCUAGGUUCCUUAAACCAAGGUUAUAGCCACCAAAGCGGAAUAUCUGGCUAUCAAUCGCUUGCAACCAAGUGAAGAUGCCCGGGAGCCAGGAUUGGUGCCCGACGUCUCCACCAUCUGGGGAUCAUUGAAUCUGGGCUGUUUUCACACACUAAUGCAAAGUCCUGUGGCAUUCUAGCAGUUUUAUUUGAUCCGCACAAUCAGAAUGAAUUUCAGGAACCAAAAUGCCUUUUCCGUGCAGCCCAAGCAGGAGCAGUGCAAAAGGCGGUACCUAAAUUUCGUCGCUCAUCUUCACUUGCCCCAACCCUCACAGUUGUGAAGAAUAUCCCUACGUUAUGAAUGGUCCGUGUCACCAUUAAGAAAAUGUAAUUGGGAUUGUCCCUGGGAAAAGUGACUUUUCUUCUUGUAAGUACUCGAAGUUCUUAACCUGGCUCAAGGUUGUCCUCUGAACUAGCCAGAUAUUUAACUGAGAAUCAAUCACAGUCAGUCCAUCAUUUGGAAAAUAAGACUUUAUUUGAGGUCCAGUGCCGAGGGCUUUCUGGUGGUUCCCUUGUUGCGAGAAGCCAAGUUACAGGGAACCAGGCAGAGGGCCUUCUCGGUGGUGGCUCCCUCCCUGUGGAACACCCUCCCACUUAGUGUUCUCCCACUAAGAGAACAACAACUACCAGACUUUUAGAGGACAUCUGAAGGCAGCCCUAUUUAGGGAAGCUUUUAAUGUUUGAUGCAUUACUGUAUUUUAAUAUUUUGUUGGAAGCCGCCCAGAGUGGCUGGGGAAGCCUAGCCAGAUGGGCGGGUUAUUAAUAAUAAUAAUAAUAAUAAUAUCUUUAUUGUCAUUGCCCCCUUUGGGGACAACGAAAUUACUUGACUGCUCCAUAAAAACACUAAUUAAUCAAUACAGUAUAACACAGCAAGGGAGAUUAGAUGACUUUCAAAGUCCGGGCUUCCCAUUCAGGGCCGAGAUCGCUCUGGAGAAGAAGCUGUUCUUAAGACGGCUCGUUCUUGUCUUCAUCGUCCUGUAUCUCCGUCCCGACGGCAAUUAUUAUUAUUAUUAUUAUUUGCCAGGGCCCACUAGAAAUCCACACAGGAGCAUGGGAAGAACAGUGCAGAGAGCAUUUCUUCCAUCACUGAGCAACUGUGGCCCGGCAGGGCUGAGCUACUGGCUUUUCUCAUUUGAGAUGCAAUCUGGUUGGAGAGAGGGCCAGCGAUGCGCAGCCAGUUUGUGGAAUGUGAUCCCGGCAGAUUUGUGUGGCUGGCUUCCGCGCGUGAAAUGCGGGCCGCUGCGAAACGCAGCCGACACCGUUCCGUGUUUUUCAUCCAGGCCCUGGAAUUGGAGAGGUGGUGUGGGCAGCCGUGUGUGUUUGAAGGGCAUGGAAGAUCAUUAUGGUCUGUUUGCACAGUGAAGGGCUCAGGGCUUGAAUCAAGAGGGUUCUCUCUUUUCUCUGUUUUUAUUUUUUGUUUGCAAGUGCAGGAACAAUUCCCUCCUCCUCCUCCUCCUCCUCCUCCUCCUCUUCCCUGUCUGGCGCCUUAUCUCUGGGAGGAAUUUACUUUGUCCCAGAGCUGUUUCCCUGCCUCUUUUGUUUUGCAGCCUGGGCAGAAGGGCAGCCGUCCAACUUUGCUGGCAUUCACAGCCCCCUUUCUCUGCCCUUCUCUCUCUUUUGCUCAUUUUGAUGCCUCGUUGGUCCCAGAGAAUAAAGACAAGAGACAAAGCAGGUGCUGAGAUCUCACUUGCUGGAUCAGUUUCCUUCCACUGCCAUUUUGCCUAAAAGGCACCAACAAAUUCCGAAUGAUGCUUUAAAAGAGGAUGAGACACAUUCAUAGAAGUACCGUAUUUUUUGCACUAUAAGACGCACUUUUCUUCUCCUAAAAAGUAAGGGGAAAUGUGUGUGCGUCUUAUGGAGUGAAUGCAGGUGGGAGGCUCUGCUCAGCGCUCCCUUUAAAGAAUAUUUUUUCCCUUGCAUUCCCCCUCUAAAAACUAGGUGCGUCUUAUGGUCAGGUGUGUCUUAUGGAUGCAGCUGAUCAGCAGCGCCUUUGGGGUAAGGUCAAAUUGCUGCAACCUUGCAACAUCUUGACCUCGCCCCCAAAGGUGCUGGUUUUGACCUUUAAAGCCCUAUGUGGCCUAGGACCCACGUUCCUACGGGACCACCUCUCCUGGUAUGCCCCGCGGAGGACCUUAAGGUCCACAAAUGACAAUAUUUUGGAGGUCCCAAGUCGCAAGGUGGUUAGACUGGUCUCCACUAGGGGCCAGGGCCUUUUCAGCUCUGGCCCUGACUUGGUGGAACGCUCUGUCCCAAGAGACCAGGGCCCUGCGGGACUUGACAUCUUUCCGCAGGGCCUGCAAGACAGAGCUGUUCUGCCUGGCCUUUGGUUUGGACUCAGUCUGACCCUUAUGUUGCCCUCCCCUUAUGGUUUUGAUUUAUGGGCUACUUUUAAAAUGAGGCUGAAUUUUAAAUUGCAUUUUAACCUGUAUUUUAAAUUGUUUUUUUUCCCUAUUAUGUUUUUACUGUAAUUUUACUGGUGUUAGCCGCCCUGAGCCCGGCUCUGGUCGGGGAGGGCGGGGUAUAAAUAAAAUUUAUUAUUAUUAAUUAUUAGAAGAGGGCUGUCCAGGGCUACUAGCCAUUACGGCUCUUCUCUGCCUCCACAGUAAGAAGCAGCAAGGCUUCUGAAUGUCUUCUGAAAGGUCGUGCACCCACUUCCUGUAGUGUACUAUAUUUCCCGACCGCUGCAGAGCCUCCACAAAAGUGCUUUCUCCGAGAGUCCUGUCCUCCCUACGAGGCUGGGACGCUUUUCAUAGAAUCAUAGAAUCAUAGAGUUGGAAGAGACCACAAGGGCCAUCGAGUCCAACCCCCUGCCAAGCAGGAAACACCAUCAGAGCACUCCUGACAUAUGGUUGUCAAGCCUCUGCUUAAAGACCUCCAAAGAAGGAGACUCCACCACACUCCUUGGCAGCAAAUUCCACUGUCGAACACCUCUUACUGUCAGGAAGUUCUUCCUAAUGUUUAGGUGGAAUCUUCUUUCUUGUAGUUUGGAUCCAUUGCUCCGUGUCCGGUUCUCUGGAGCAGCAGAAAACAACCUUUCUCCCUCCUCUAUGUGACAUCCUUUUAUAUAUUUGAACAUGGCUAUCAUAUCACCCCUUAACCUCCUCUUCUCCAGGCUAAACAUGCCCAGCUCCCUUAGCCGUUCCUCAUAAGGCAUCGUUUCCAGGCCUUUGACCAUUUUGGUUGCCCUCCUCUGGACACGUUCCAGUUUGUCAGUGUCCUUCUUGAACUGUGGUGCCCAGAACUGGACACAGUACUCCAGGUGAGGUCUGACCAGAGCAGAAUACAGUGGCACUAUUACUUCCCUUGAUCUAGAUGCUAUACUCCUCUUGAUGCAGCCCAGAAUUGCAUUGGCUUUUUAGCUGCCGCGUCACACUGUUGGCUCAUGUCAAGUUUGUGGUCAACCAAGACUCCUAGAUCCUUUUCACAUGUACUGCUCUCAAGCCAGGUGUCCCCCAUCUUGUAUUUGUGCCUCUCAUUUUUUUUGCCCAAGUGCAAUACUUUACAUUUCUCCCUGUUAAAAUUCAUCUUGUUUGUUUUGGCCCAGUUCUCUAAUCUGUCAAGGUCAGCAUCAAAAUAUUUAUUUCACUGGAAACCACAGCAGGGGAGAGUUGCUCUUGUGUUUGAAUCCUGCUUGCAGGGUUUACCUUAGGGCAUCUGGUUUGCCACAGUGAGAACAGAAUGCUGGACUAGAUGAGCCCCCUUUGCCCUGUUAAUGCAGAAAUCUGAGGGCUCCCUUGGACAAAAAACAAGGACCCCAGCCAGGAAUAGCAGAGCAAAACAGCAGCCAGUAGGAUUGGUCUUGAUUGAAGACUGUUGCGACAGGACUCCCACCUGCCACCAGGUGAAACAGGAUGGAAGCCCCGAACAAAAGAGCCCCCAAACUUUUAUUAACUGCUAAUCCCCAUGUUAUGGGACGCGGGUGGCACUGUGGGUUAAACCACAGAGCCUAGGACUUGCCGAUCAGAAGGUCAGCGGUUCGAAUCCCCGCAAUGACGGGGUGAGCUCCCGUUGCUCGGUCCCUGCUCCUGCCAACCUAGCAGUUCGAAAGCACGUCAAAGUGCAAGUAGAUAAAUAGGUAACGCUCCGGCGGGAAGAUAAACGGCAUGCACUGCACUGGUUCGCCAGAAGCGGCUUAGUCAUGAUGGCCACAUGACCUGGAAGCUGUACGCCGGCUCCCUCGGCCAGUAAAGCGAGAUGAGCGCCACAACCCCAGAGUUGACCACAACUGAACCUAACAGUCAGGGGUCCCUUUACCUUUUAAUUCCCAUGUUACAACCCCCCCCCCAACUACAUCACUAAUACAUCACAGUUACAUCAUGAAAGGGAAGGUCUGGUGGAAGUAAUCUGAGCAUCCUGGACCCUGCCCCAUGGUUCCCCUUACCCUCCACCAAACACCCAUCAAGUGGAACAAAAGAGAUAUUUGCAUUUCACUGUUUCGCAGCCAAGUUCAUCACACCCUUUUGUCUUCAUCUGGGUUUGUUAUUCCUGGAAUGGCUACCUGUCUGGCACUCAGGUAUCAGGAUGCCAGGGAUUAUCCCUCAGGCAGAGGGGCUGCUGAGUAGCUGAGCUCACAUGUCUAGAUGAAUUUCUGAAGUUUUCCCAGUGAGCCAGUACAUAGGUACAUUUAUCAGUGAAUUCUUACAUUUGGUAUUCUACAGCAGAGGCCCUUUGAAUAGAUAGGAAGAAACUGUGAUGAAGUGUUUUGUGGGGACAAAUCACAAAAGUCACAAAAGUGAUUGUGCUGAUUUUGGUAGUGGGCUGCAUGUGCAUGAUAUCUGCUGGAGGGGCAACCCCCCCAACCUAUACAUAAAUUCCUGCAACGGUCCUGAUCCAGCAGUCUCUCCUUAUGUCUUUAAACACGGUAUACGGUGUGGAUGUGCCGAGUUUUUGCAGGGUCCCCCUUGUUGUUGCCUGUCUAGAGAGAAAACUGUGCUUGUCGCUGAAAAGAGGUAGUGCAUUGACCCUGGUCCAUUGAGCCCAGAAUUGUUGGCAGGCCUCCUGGGCCGAGCCGGCCACGUCUUUCCCAUCCCCUACUGCUACCCGAUCCCUUUAACUGGAGAUGCUGGGGGGGUGGUGUUGAACCCGGGGCCUUCUCCAUGCCAAGCAGCUGCCCUGCCGCUGAGCAGGUGGAAGGAGAGGAGGGUGGGAGAGAGAUGCUCUUUGCCGGCUACGCGUUCCCAGGUGUCGUUGCCAGGGCUUGAGACAGGGACCUCUUGCAUCCCUGAGCAGGUGCUUUGCCAUUGACCUGUGGGUCUGAGCAACAUGAUGCCUCUUCUUCUCCCUUCCCACGCCAUCGAGCUCUGGGGAGGCCAAGGGCUGCUUGGGACACACUGGCUACUUGUUGCAAGGAUCCAAAGCACACAGCCUCUUGCUGCCUCUGGGCAUCACAUUUGUGUGGGGCAGCCCCCUGGCACUCAAGGAUAAAAUGGUUCCCUGGGAAUAAGCAUUUUACUCCCUGCCCCAUGAUGGGCAGUCGGUCUCCUGCUGUUGCGAGUUCCCCAGGACUGGAUUGAGGUUUGAUCAGGUCCUAAGCUACUGAAGAGGGACGCGGGUGGCGCUGUGGGUUAAACCACAGAGCCUAGGACUUGCCGAUCAGAAGGUUGGCGGUUCGAAUCCCUGUGACGGGGGGAGCCCCCCUUGCUCGGUCCCUGCUCCUGCCCACCUAGCAGUUCGAAAGCACAUCAAAGUGCAAGUAGAUAAAUAGGUACUGCUCCGGCGGGAAGGUAAACGGCGUUUCCGUGCGCUGCUCUGGUUCGCCAGAAGCGGCUUAGUCCUGCUGGCCACAUGACCCGGAAGCUGUACGACGGCUCCCUCGGCCAGUAAAGCGAGGUGAGUGCCGCAACCCCAGAGUCAGCCACGACUGGACCUAAUGGUCAGGGGUCCCUUUACUUUUAAGCUACUGAAGGUAAUGGGGCCUUUUAUAUGUGAUAUUUGAGGGAGCAGGCUAGCAGGCGGGGCCCGUGACUUACAUCAUAGGAACCUACACAACACAAAAUACUGUUGCUGUAUUUUUCUUGUUUUUUAUGUUGUAUUUUGGAAAUGUACAUCCAGGUUUUUUCCUUUAUAUUAAUACAAUAAUAAUUUAUUAUUUAUACCCCGCCCAUCUGGCUGGGUUUCCCCAGCCAUUCUGGACGGCUUCCAACAGAACACUAAAAUACAAUAACCUAUUAAACAUUAAAAGCUUCCCUAAACAGGGCUGCCUUCAAAUGUCUUCUAAAAGUUUGGUAGUUAUUUUUCUCUUUGACAUCUGGUGGGAGGGCGUUCAACAGGGCGGGCGCCACCACCAAGAAGGCCCUCUGCCUGGUUCCCUGUAACUUGGCUUCUCGCAGCGAGGGAACCGCCAGAAUGCCCUCGGCGCUGGACCUCAGUGUCUGGGCUGAACAAUGGGGGUGGAGACGCUCCUUCAGGUAUACUUUAAAUUUCGGGGGGCCCUCCAAGAGAGCGGGGCCCGAAGCUAUAGCUUGUUUUGCUUAUACGCAAAUCUGGCACUUUCUGUCCUGAAUCUUCCAACAUUCAGCUUCUUUCGAUGACUGCGAGUUCUAGUGUUCGGAGCAAGAGCAGCGUUGGAUUUUGGGUGGUGUUUGCGGUUUCCCUGUACAGUCAUAACUCGGGUUGAAGUAACUUCGGGAUAAGUAUUUUCGGGUUGCGCUCCGUGGCGACCCGGAAGUAGCGGAGCACGUUACUUCCGGGUUUCGUCGCUCGCGCAUGCGCAGACGGUCAAAAUGACGUCACACGCAUGUGCAGAAGCGGCGAAUCAUGACCCACGCAUGUGCAGACGCUGUUUGCAUUCGCUUCUGGAUGCGAAUGGGGCUCCAGAAUGGAUCCCCUUUGCAUCCAGAGGUACCACUGUACUGACACCUAGCCAAGGGGGUUCAAAAUCAAGAAGAUGCACAAUUGAGAAGAUCGAGUUGGGGGCUCCAAAUGUUGGCUUCGCUCAGGGCACCGUGUUGCCAAAGAUUACCAAAGUCUACUAAGGUUUUCCCCCUGUCUAUUCUCUCUUUGCCAGCCCCCCUCCAGCCUGCCAUCAUCGGGGAUUUUUUUGCUCAAACCCUCAGUGGUUUGGGUUGGCUUUUUUCCGAAUGCUUUCCCAGCAAUCCUCUCCCCCUUUCCUCUCCUGGUGGGGAUCCAUCUGCCAGUCUUGCUGAGGGCACAGGCACAAAAUCUCCGAGGGAGGGAGGCUCAGCCUGUUCCUUUCUUCCCCCCGUUAUGCCUGCUGAUUCAGAGGGCACACGCAGCCAGCUUCCCAGUCUCCCCCCUCGUUCUAUUUCUCCGUGAGAGCUGCCUGCCCGCCCCGCUUGCCUUGGAUGGCAGUGCCAUCUGUUACGCAACUCUUCCUCCCAACGGGCACAAGGGAGGGAGUUUCCAGAAAGCGGGACCUUGGCACAAUGCGGCCCCCAUUUCCGCACCCCCCCUGGAUUCCAGAAGCUCCAGGCCAUGGAGACGAGGGAGGCCGGCCAAGAAACUUCUGAGCUCUGUGUGUUUCUCCCUUCAGACACUCUGUACUCAGAGCACGUCCACCCCUAUUUUGUGGCUCUGUUUGGGGGGUCUUGCAGCUGGUCUCUAGGGUGGCAGGGGGCAGGGAGAGCGAUGCAAAACUCCAGCCGCUUCCAAGGGCCGCAGGUGGAGCGCUUUUCAGCCGUCAUCUCCUCUGCGGCCAAGUUUCCUGUUUGUUUUUCAAUGGCUGGACUAGAUAAGGCACAGUGCACAUGGUCAGAGCGCCAGCUGUUCAGAGAGUGUGACGGCAGUCUGUGCAAUUAAGACAAUCUCUAAAAUUGGUUUGUUGUUGUUCUUGCUUUUAAUACUUAUUUUGUGGGUUUUUCUUAAUGUUUUGAACCGUCCUGAGAUCUGCAGAUGAAGGGCGGUAUGCAAAUGUAAUAAUUAAAGAUGAAAAAGGGGGCAGAGGAAAGUUUUUCUCCCUCCUAACAUCGGUACUUGUGGACAUGCGAUGAAGCUGAAUGUUGGAACGUUCAGGACAGAUAAAGUGAAUGUCUGGAGGCAGUUGGAGGAUGGAUGGCGGCUAACAGAUUGAGGCUGAAUCCUGACAAGACAGAAGUACUGUUUUUGGGGGACGGGACGGGCAGGUGUGGAGGACUCCCUGGUAACUGUGCCCCUGAAGGACCAGGUGCGCAGCCUGGGGGUCAUUCUGGAUUCACAGCUCUCCAUCGAGGUCAAUUCUGUGUCCAGGGCAGCUGUCUACCAGCUCCAUGUGGUAUGCAGGAUGAGACCCUCCCUGUCCUCAGACUGUCUCGCCAGAGUGGUGCAUGCUUUAGUUAUUUCCUUCUUGGACUACUGCAAUGCGCUCUACGUGGGGCUACCUUUGAAGGUGACCCGGAAACUACAACUAAUCCAGAAUACGGCAGCUAGACUGGUGACUGGGAGCGGCCGCCAAGACCAUAUAACACUGGUCUUGAAAGACCUACAUUGGCUCCCAGUACGUUUCCACGCACAAUUCAAAGUGUUGGUGCAGACCUUUAAAGCCCUAAACAGCCUCGGUCCAGUAUAUCUGAAGGAGUGUCUCCACCCCCAUCGUUCAGCCCAGACACUAAGGUCCAGCACCGAGGGCCUUCUGGCGGUUCCCUCACUGCGAGAAGUCAAGUUACAGGGAACCAGGCAGAGGGCCUUCUCGGUAGUGGCGCCCGCCCUGUGGAACGCCCUCCCUUCAGAUGUGAAGGAAAUAAGCAUCUAUCUUAUCUUUAAAAGACAUCUGAAGGCAGCCCCGUUUAGGGAAGCUUUUAAUGUUUGAUGCAUUACUGUAUUUUAAUGUUUAUUUGGAAGCCGCCCAUAGUGGCUGGAGAAACCCAGCCAGAUGGGGGGGGGAAUAAAUAAUAAAUUAUUAUUAUUAUUAUUAUUAUUAUUAUUAUUAUUAUUAUUAUUAUUUAAAAGAAAGGACUUCUCCACGCAGUGCAGAGUUAAACUGUGGAACUCCCUGCCACAGUGACGGCCACCAACUUGGAUGGCUUUGAAAGAAGAUUGGACAAAUUCAUUGAGGAGCAGAGGGCUGUCAGUGGCUCCCAGCCAGGAUGGCUCUGCUCCACCUCCAAAGUUAGAGGGAUGCUCCUGAAUCCCAGUUGCUGGAAACUGCAGGAGGGGAGAGUUGCUCCUGAGUUCGAAUCCUGCUUGCAGGUUUCCCUUUGGGGCAUCUGGUUGUCCACUGUGAGAACAGGAUGCUGGACUAGGUGGGCCAUGGGCCUGAUCCAGCCGGGCUCUCCUUAUGUCCUCAUCCCCAAAAUCAGCUGGUCAGUUUUUGACAUCAAACUCACCUUUCAAGUAUUGAAUUAAAAGUGGCUUAUACAGUGAAAUGCAGCCACAGCAAAUCCAAAUGCGAGAUCAAACAUGGAAACAGAAUGCUAAUAAACUUUUUUUUAAAACCGCCACCCAGCAGUCACAAUUUCAGUAAUGCAAUGACUGAGAGGGCACAGGGUUGGUUUCCAGUAGCAAAGAGUUCCGCCGCCUCCCAUAUCUUCCCUGUGCUUUUUUGGCAGGAGAGGGACGCUUCAACUUCUCUGCACUUGGAGGUGUCCAUCCUGUCCACCCUUGGAGUAUCUGAACCCUUUUAAAAUAAUAAUAAUAAUUUUUAUUGAAUUUUACCACCACCACAAUCAUUAUUUCAAUAACAAAAUACAUUAUAAAUCCUCAACACGUCCCCCCCCCCCGGUGACUUCCCUCAACUUCAUUUUCUGGGUUUCUUGCCAUAUUAUCUCUCCCUGCUUAUUGGUUAUUUUUGAUUCUUUAAUUUUUUUUAAAAAUAAUAAUUAUUAUUCUCUUAUCAUUUUAAAACCCUGUUUCUAUUUCUGCAUUUGUUUUGUUAAUUGCAUGUGUUUAGUCACACCCUGUGAGCAGGGCUUUGCAGAGCCAGGCAGACGCCCGGGCAAGGUUGAUAAUGUGCUCCCCCCUUUUUUUUACCCUGGGGGGUAACUGAAGUCUUUUAAAUAAGUAAGUAUAUAAAUAAUUUCCCCAAAAGUUAUGCUGACAAAUAAUUUUAUUUCAAGGCUUGAACCGUAUCUGCAUAUAAAGACAAAAUGGAAAAUAUAGAUAAAUAUGCUGACCGAAGCCCCCUUUGGAAUCGGGUGCCCGGGCCAAGUGGCCAUAUUAAUCCCCUCUGUCUGGGCCUGCCUGCGAGCAAGUCCUUUUCUUUACAUUGAUUCUGUAAAUAGAACAGAAAUGGUUCCCAGUCCUUCUUGAAAUCUCUGUUGUCUUUUUCUCAAAGUCUUUCCGUUAGUUUUGCCAUUUCAGCCUAUUCCAUCUGCUUUCCUUAAUAUUCUUCUUCAGUUGGUAUUUCAAUACUUUUGCAUCUUUGCGCUAGCAAUAUCCUAGCCGCAGUUGUAGCAUACAGUGGUACCUCUGGUUGCGAACGGGAUCCGUUCCGGAGGCCUGUUCGCAACAUGAAAAGAGUGCAACCCGCAGCGGCACGUCUGCGCACGCGCGGGUUGCGAUUCACCGCUUCUGCGCAUGAUGUCAUUUUGCGCGCCUGCGCAUGUGCGAGCAGCAAAACCCGGAAGUAACCCUCUCUGGUACUUCCGGGUCACUGCGGGACGUAACCUGAAAGAAUGUAACAUGAAGCAGACGUAACCAGAGGUAUGACAGUACAUGAGCAGUUCAGUACCUGAACCCUUCACACUGUCUGAUGUGGCCCUCCUGUCUUCCUGACGACUUUCCUUAUCUUUUCAGGAACCUGGUUUUGUUUCUGCGGAGAAGAUGACACUUUCUGGAUGGCUCCCUCUGCUGGGGCUCCUCUUUUUCUGGGAUGGCGGACACUGCCUUGUUCCUCCUGAAGAGCUGAAACGUAAGUAAGCAACGGUGGAGAGGCUGGCACUUCUGUAUGUCUGCAUUCUUCUUAAAUGAAGGACCAGUUGCACAGCCUGGGAGUCAUUCUGGUCUCACAGUUCUCCAUGGAGGUGCAGAUCAGUUCUGUGUCCAGGGCAGCUGUUUAUCAGCUCCAUCUGGUAUCCAGGCUGAGACCCUAUCUGCCUGCGGACUGUCUUGCCAGAGUGGUGCAUGCUCUGGUUAUCUCCCGCUUGGACUACUGCCAUGCGCUCUACGUGGGGCUACCUUGGAAGGUGACCCGGAAACUACGACUAAUCCAGAAUGUGGCAGCUAGACUGGUGACUGGGGGCGGCUGCUGAGACCACAUAACACCAGUCCUGAAAGUCCUACAUUGGCUCCCAGUCCGUUUCCGAGCACAAUUCAAAGUGUUGAUGCUGACCUUGAAAGCCCUAAAUGGCCUCAGUCCAGUAUACCUGAAGGAGCGUCUCCACCCCCAUCGUUCAGCCUGGAUACUGAGGUCCAGCGCCAUGAGCCUUCUGGCGGUUCCUUCCCUGCGAGAAGCCAAGUUACAGGGAACCAGGCAGAGGGCCUUCUCAGUGGUGGCACCCACCCUGUGGAAUGCCCUCCCAACAGAUGUCAAAGAGAUAAACAACUACCUGACAUUUAGAAGACAUCUGAAGGCAGCCCUUUUUAGGGAAGCUUUUAAUGUUUAACCGACUAAGGUAGAAGGUAAAGGGACACCUGACCAUUAGAUCCAGUUCCAGUGGUCCGACUCUGGGCCUGCAGCGCUCAUCUCGCUUAUUGGCCUGAGAGCCAGCGCACUUUCAGCUAAUGUGGCCAGCAUGACUAGCCGCUCUAGCGAGCCAGAGCAGCUCAUGGAAUUGCUGUUUGCCUUCCUGCCGAGAGGCACCUAUUUAGUCUACUUGCACUCUGACAUGCUUUCAAACUACUAUGUGGCAGGAGCAGGGACUGAGCAAUGGGAACUCACCCCAUGUAGAGCUGAACCGUAACCUUGUGAUCGGCAAGUCCUAGGUUCUGUGGUUUAACCCACAGCGUCACCAUGUCCUGUUUAACAGACUACUGUAUUUAAUACUUUGUUGAAAGCUGCCCAGAGUGGCUGGGAAAACCCAGCCAGAUGGGCGGGGUAUAAAUAAUAAAUUAUUAUUAUUAGAAAUGUACAGUGGUACCUCUGGUUGCAAACGGGAUCCGUUCCAGAGGCCCGUUCGCAAUAUGAAAGGAAAGCAACCCGUGUCUGCGCAUGCGCGGGUCGUGAUUCGCCGCUUCUGCGCAUGUGCGUGACGUCAUUUUGUGCAUCUGCGCAUGCGCGAGCGGCGAAACCCGGAAGUAACCCUUUCCGGUACUUCCGGGUCGCUGCGGGACGCAACCUGAAAAAGCGUAACAUGAAGCAAACGUAACAAGAGGUAUGACUGUGCUGGAAGUGCUUCUCAUUCCAGAGCAGUCGAAGGAGCCCCGGACUGGAAAACGCUUUUGCAUUUGAGUCACAAAUCAAUCAGGUUUGCUAAAAAACACAAAACUCCUUUGCGCUUUUCAUUUUUGGGUAAGGAUACGGGGCGGGCAGAGAGGAUGUGCUGGAACUGCGGCUUGAUCAGACCUGUCUUGUGGCAUCCAUAAUAGAGGCCCAGAAUCUUAAAAAAAAGGGAUAAAAAGAAAUGUUCUUGCCAAUUUUAGGCUCCAAGGGCAUAAUUUCGACACCUGCACCAUGAAGUCAUUUCCCAGAACUGUGACUCAGGGGCUCGUGGGGGGAAUCAUUUCUGCCUGGCGAGGUCACAGUGUUUUGCUAGGGUUGCCAAAUUGCCAGGGUUGCGGUCAAGGGCGCAGGGCGGAGGCGGCUGCUUCUGUGUGUAUUUAGAUGAUUUGGGAAUGAUUGUUGGCGCUUGAAAAGCCCCAGACAGGAUGCAAAAAAAAAGGGCAGGAAAAGGCAACAAUAACUCACCAGUCAGUGGCUUUUCCCCGCUUCCCCAAGUUCUGGGAUGCAUGGUAUGUUUAUAAAUUGCAUGAACGAGCUGCUUGAUUAUAAAAAAAGGAAAAAAUUACAAACAAGGAUAAAGCAAUAAAAUUAACAAUGAGACUAAUAAUAAUAAUUUCUGCAUUUGUUUUGUUAAUUGCAAGUGUUUCAUCAAACCCUGCAAGGGAGUCCAUUUCUUUACAUUGAUUCUGUAAAUAAUAAUAAUAAUAAUAAUAAUAAUAAUAAUAAUAAUAUAUCCCACCCUUCCAGGUUCAGAAAACUGGGCUCAGGGCGGCUAACAACAAAUUUAAAACACUUAAUUGAUGCAACAAAAAACAGCAUAAAAUACUGUAUUAAACGUGAAUAACAACAAAUUCAGAAUUCCAAAAUCAAUUUAGGGGGGAAAUCCAUCCAAUAAACAUUAGAUGAUCACCAGGGCUAGCUGGCUAAGUUAGUCCUAUUUGGGCCAGCAGGAGACCAGGGAGAAUUAGCUGUGGGAUCCCAGAGCGGGUAAUCUUCAUAAAAAGGGGAGUGGGAGGGAAGGAAGGGGAAUAAAAGAUCAGGCUGAAUUCAAAUUAAAGGCCAGGCGGAAUAGCUCUGUCUUACAGGCCCUGCGGAAGGAGGUUAAAUCCUGCAGGGCCCUGGUCUCCUGGGACAGAGCAUUCCACCAGGUUGGAGCCACCACUGAGAAGGCCCUGGCCCUGGUGGAGGAUAGUCUGACUUCCUUAGGGCCUGGGACCUCUAGACUACGGUUAUUCAUGGACCUUAAGGUCCUCUGUGGGGCAGACCAGGAGAGGCGGUCCCAUAGAUACGAGGGCCCUAAGCCACAAAGGGCUUUAAAGGUCAAAACCACCACCUUAAACCUGACCUGAUACUAAAAAAUAACAAAAGAAGUAAAAAUAAAAACAAGAAAAAUUAACAAUAAUUUUCGAAAAGUUUAAAAUGGGCUUUAAAAGAGGAUGAGACAAACUCAUGGGAGAGAGGGCCAUUGAUAGCUACUAGCGACAACAGCUAUGCUUUUCCUCAAUGGCCAGAGACAGCAAUGCUUCUGAAUAGCAGGAGGGGAGAUGGGUCUUGUGUUCGAAUCCUGCUUGCAAAAGGGCAUUGGGGUGGCCACUGUGAGAACAGGAUGCUGGACCGGACGGACCGCUUUCCUGAUCCAGCAAGGCUCUUCUUUUGAGAGCCAGUAUGGCGUGGUGGUCAGGAGCUGGGGGAGACCAGGGUUCGAAUCCCCCACUCACCUGGUAUGACCUUGGCCUCUCAGCCUUACAGGGCUGUUGUUGCGAUUGAAUGAGGAAGGGGGAGGACCGUUUACGCGACCCUGAGCUCCGCAGAGAAAACGGUGGGAUAGAAAUGUAACAAGCAAACAAAUAGAUAAACAUUCUUUUUUCCCCAAUUUUUUAAAUUGAUAUUCCAAUUUUUUUUAAACAAACAAACAAACAAACAAACAUAAAUCAACGCCUUAAUUGAACCAAUCUUAUUGACAUUGUUAAGUGACUUCCUCGUAUCCCCCGGGCUGAGUUUCAAUGUAUAUCAUUUUAACGGUUUUCCGAAACCAAUAUUCUCAUAAACUUCAUCACUUAAUCACUUAACAUCUUUCUUUCAUUCCCAUUUGACAUUUCAACAUAUCGAUUUAUCACAUUACAUGUUUAAAUCCUAAGCCUCUCUAGUAUUUGCAAGCUUUUCCAAUUAAUUUAACUUAACAUAUUUACCGUAUUGUUCGCCCUAUAAGACGCACUUUUCCCCCUCCAAAAAUGAAGGGGAAAUGUGUAUGGGGCGAAUGCAGGCUUUCGCUGAAGCCUGGAGAGCGAGAGGGGUCGGUGCACACCGACCCCUCUCGCUCUCCAGGCUUCAGGAAGCUAUCCGCAAGCCUUGCAAGCCCGGCGGGAGGUCCUGUCAGGCUCUCAAGGCUUGCAGAUAGCAGCCUGCAUCCCGAAGCCUGGGGCGCGCUGCACGGUGCACCCCGGGCUUCGUGCAGAUAUUGGGCAGCCCCACAAGCUUGGGGGAUAGCGGGAAGGCGCAGUGCCGCCAUCCCGCUGUUCCCCGACCUGGUUUGGAGGCUGGCGCUGGGGAGAAGCGCGCUUCUCCUCACCGCCAGCCCCACAAGCUCAGGGGACAGAUAUCCGCAAGCCUGGGGAGACCGGCGCGACUUCCCGCCGGGCUCCCUAGGCUUGCGGAUAGCAGCCUGUUCUGGGGGCUGGGGUCGGGGGAAAUUUGGGCAUCCCCCGCCCCAGCCCCGCGCCUGGGGGGGGAAAUAAAUCCCCCCCUUUAUUUCCACCCCAAAAAACUAGGUACGUCCUAUGGGCCGGUGCACCCUAUGGGGCAAAAAAUAUGGUAACUAAAUACUCUUUGGAUUUCAUCCAUUCCUCCUGGUACUCCUCCUCCAAAUAGAUAGGCGUUCUUAUGUGAGACUGCAGACUUAUAGGAGUUCAGCGAUUGGGUCUGCGUUGCUCCCGGACAGGAGGAAGGAAGUCAAAUGACACCGAGGGUUGGUUCAGAGAAAGAGUUCUAUAUUUCUGCUCUCCGGAACAGCAGAAAGGCACUUGUGGGGUCAGUCCACAGCAAGUCCAAAGAAAUGAGAAAUUUCAUGCAGUAUAUAUAUCCUCCAGGCACCCUCUCCCUCCUUCCCCAGGAAUCCAACCACGUCAGCCUAUACACGCAGGUUGACAUCACAUAUGUGCCUGCUCCGGUAUUCUUAACCAUAAAAGGGUUUUCCUUCCUGUACUUCUGACCAUAAAAGGAUCUUCCUGUUCCUACUCUUAUCUUGGAGCAAGAGGUCACCAACUCCAAGAACACACUCUGGCGCUGUUCCCGGACUAGGUCUGUGCGUCUUUGUGGUCUUUGUGGUCAGGAUGUAAGAUAAGGCCCAGAGUGUCAUCCCUGUUCCGCUUUGGAAUGGACAAAGCCAUCCGUCAUUACCGGCCUUCAUGGACUGAUAAGGGAGAGAGCUUUGAGCACUUGUUUAUACAGCUGGGUUUUGGCUCAAGAGCUCAAGUUAAAGCAUUUUAGCUAAGGAAAAAUAGGGAUUUUGGUGCAGUUUCAAACUGCCUGCACAGUCAGUUUUGGGUUUGGGAAACCCAUUCCUUCAAGACGACCCCACGAAACGGGAAGCGAUUUCGCUCUGCCUCUGCCGGCCGUUUUCUGAAGUGUUCGAGUUUUCUUCCCACAGAGAUGUCUGAAACGGGAAGCAAGUUGGUCGACUCGGAGCUGGAGAAUGCCAUCAACGGCGUCCGGCAGAUGAAGGUCCUCAUGGACCAGACCAGCAGGGACCACCGGGAUAUCUUGAACGCUUUGGAGGACACGAAGAAGCAGAAGGAGGUCUGUCUGCACAACUUCCCCCCAAAUGCCCCACUCUUGCAAAAGAUGCAACUCAAAGCUGACCAGCAGCGCCUUUGGGGUGAGGUCAAAUUACUGCAACCUUGCAACCGCUUGACCUCGCCCCCAAAGGUGCUGGUUUUGACAUUUAAUUUUCCCCCAAUUUUUUUUAUUGGUUUUCCAAAUUUAUAACAAACACAACAACAAACAAGAAAAACAUUACAAUAUCGAAAAACAAACAAACAAACAUUUAUCCUAUCAGUAAAAAUUCCAGUUUUGUUACCAUUGUUGGGUGACUUCCUCAAAUCCCCCUAGCUGAGUUUCCAUGUAACUCAUUGUAGCAAUUUUCGAACACUAUUUUCAUAUAAAAUUGACUUGUUCAAUUAACAUCUUUCUUUCUUUUCAUUUUGACUUCUAUCCGUAGUAUUAUACAAUUUCACAUAUUUAAAUCCUAGGCCAAUCUGUUACUCGCAGGUAGUUCUAUUUAAAUUAACAUAUUUAAAUAAAUAAUCCUUAAAUUUCUACCAUUCCUCUUGGUACUCCUCCUCCUUCUGGUCGCGGACUCUUCUGGUCAGGUCGGCUAACUCCAAAAAAUCCAUCAUCUUCAUCUGCCAUUCCUUCACUGUUGGUAUUUCUUGUGAUUUCCAGUUUCUGGCCAGCAAAAUUCUAGCUGCAGUUGUGGCAUACAAAAACAAUCUGACAUCUUUCUUGGGCGAUUCCAAACCUAUUAUUCCAAGUUGAAAGGCUUCUGGUUUCUUAAUAAAUGUGUAUUUCAACAUUUUUUCCAAUUCAUUAUAAGUCUUUCCCCAGAAGUCUUUUCACCUUGGGACAUGUCCACCACAUAUGGUAAAAGGUACUGUAUUUUUUGCUCCAUAGGACGCACUUUUCCUCCCUUAAAAAGUAAGGGGAAAUGUCUGUGCGUCUUAUGGAGCGAAGCCAGCAAGAACCACUGAUGCUGACACGCUUUGCGCAGCUCUUCCAGCUCAUUGUAAAGCCAGCAAGAGCCGCUGCUGCUGACCUGAGCCGGGGAGGAGGGAGAGAAGGGGAUUCCGUCCGUCCCUCCCUCCUCCAUGGCUCACUUGGAAGCAGCAAAGUGGGAGGGAAGCCGCUUACACCCGUGUAAGCAGCUCCUCUCCCACUUUCCUGCUUCAAAGCAACCAUGGAGGAGGGAAGGAAGGGGAUCCAUGCAGUGGAUUCCCUCCUCCAGGGCUCCCUUUGAAGCAGCAAAGUGGGAGGGGAGUAGCUUACACUCGUGUAAGCAGCUCCUCUCCCACUUUCCUACUUCAAAGCGGAGGGAAUCCGCUGCAGUUGCGAGCAGAGGAUCCAUGGCUCCGCUUCCUUCCCUCGAAGCAGGGUGCGGGGGUGCAGGGGGGAAAGAGGGCAGGAAAUAGAUGCCAGGCAGGAAGACACAACCACACUUUGACCACUGGAAAGUCCACCUCAGCCUCCCCAGAUUUCCACUGAGACGGCCAGGCUAAUCUCGAUGGCCAUAAGUCAGGCAAUUCAUUAUUAACUGGACUUAGAUAAGCCAUGGUUUCCCUUUCUACCCUCCUCUGAGGCUCGAUUUAAAGCAGGAAAGCGGACAGGAGCCGCCCGCUUUGCUGCUUUAAAUAAUUUAGUGCAAUAUUUGAUCCGAAUAUUUUUUUCCCCUGUUUUCCUCCUCUAAAAACUAGGUGCGCCCUAUGGUCAGGUGCGCCCUAUGGAGCGAAAAAUACGGUACCUUCUUUUUCUUUACAUUUCCAACAUAGAUUGUGGUAAAGAUUUUGCUAGUUUUAUGGAGGCUGAGUACCAUCUAUACAUCAUUUUCAUAACAUUUCCCUUUAACGCCGUACAUGCAGUGAACUUGACCCCUUUCCUCCACAACCUUUCACAGUCUUCAAACAUUAUGUUAUGUCCGACAUCUCUUGCCCAAUCUAUCAUCACAGAUUUAACUUGUUCAUCCUUUGUGUGCCUCUCCAACAAUACAUUUCCAAUGUAAAGAAAAGGAAGGUACCUUUUAUCACAUGUGGUGGACAUGUUCCAAGGUGAGAGACUUCUGGGAAAAGAUUUAUAAUGAAUUAAAAAAAAAUGUUGAAAUAUACAUUUAUUAAAAAACCAGAGGCCUUUCUCCUUGGAAUAAUAGGUUCUGAACUGCCCAAGAAAGAUGUAAAGUUAUUUUUGUAUGCCACAACUGCUGCUCGAAUUUUAAUAGCCAAGAAAUGGAAAACACAAGAACUGUGAAAGAAUGGCAGAUGAAAAUGAUGGAAUAUAUGGAGCUGGCUGACCUUACUGGAAGAAUCUGCGACCAAAAAGAAGAGGAAUACCAAGAAGAGUGGAAGAAAUUUAAGGACUAUUUGCAUAAAUACUGUGAUAUUAAAAAUUAGAAAUUACUUGAAAGUACCAAAAUAGGGCUAGGAUUAAAUUAAGAGUUAAUCAAAUAAAUAAGAUUUUGAACUUUAAGGAAAGUUAAGAAAUUUUAUUUUAAUUAGAAUAUUGUGGGGUUUUUUUUUUUAAAAAAGAGAUCAGAAAACGACUACAUUUUAAUUACAAGAAAAUUCAGAUGGGAUGGCUCAGAGGAAGCCCAAAAUAUGUUUAUGAGGUUAGAAGUCUAAUUAAUUAAUUAAUUUGUGUUGUUUAGGUUGUUUAGGUAUUUACCGGUACCUUGUUUUGACUCUCUGUUUUGUUUAUAUUUGUGAUCUUGUCUUUUUUCCUUUUUGUUUCCCCCCUGUUUUUCUUUUGUUGUGAUAUGUGUUAUAUCUGUAAGAAACUUAAUAAAAAUUAUUAAGUUAAGUUAAGAAGGAUUUAUAUCUAGAUGUUAGGAUAGAGAUGAUAAAGAAAACAGGAAGACACAAUGAGAGAUAAAGGAGGUGCUGUGGGAUGGGUGGAAGUCAAUGUCUUGUUGUUUUAGUGUUUAUAAUAUUAACUUGUAAGCUAUGGGUUUGUUUUGUUUUUGUUGUUGUUUUUUUAGUUUUCGAAUGUUGAUUUUUGUGCAUUGUGUAUUGUUACUUUUUGAUAUCUUUCGUGUUGUUGCUGUUGUGUGCAAAAUACUAAUAAAAUUUAUUUUUUUAGAAAAAUAUUUUUUUAAAAAACACACAAUACAUUUCCAACAUUUAUUACUUGUCUUUUUUUUAAAAAAAAAAAAAUUAUUAAUUUUCCAACCGUUUAAACACAACAAAACAGAAAAACAAAAAACAAACAAAACAAACAUAGGACUAACAAAACAAGACACAAACCAUUUAAAACACAAAACAAUUUCAAUAUCUUAACUUUCAUUCCCUUAUUUCCACGACCUCCUCACACCUCCCUUUUUGUAUUCCACUUCUGUUAAUUGUUUCAGCAAUUCCUUUCCAUCUUCCUCUGUUUUCUAUCCUAUAAUUAUCUUAAUAUAUUCUAACCUUAUUUUUCCCUUUAAUACUCUAUUAAUCUAUUUAUACUUAAUUCCUUAUAGCAUUUCUACUAAAGCCAUAUAACUUCAUUCCAACAUUUUUCUAACAUUCAUUAUUUUUACAGUAUUUCUAUAAAUAGUCUUAAACUUUUUCCAGUCUUCUUCCACCGACUCUUCUCCCUGGUCUCGGAUUUCUGCCAGUCGUUUCCGCCAAUUCCAUAUAGUCUAUCAACUUCAUCUGCCAUUCUUCCCGAAUAGAUAAAUCUUGUGUCUUCCAGUACUUCACAAUGAGUAUUCUUGCUGCUAUUGUUGCAUACGUGAAAAAAGUUCUAUCCUUCUUUAACACCAAUUGGCCGACCAUGCCCAGGAGAAAGGCCUCUGGUUUCUUCAAAAGGGUAUAUUUAAAUACCUUUUUCAUUUCGUUAGGAAUCAUCUCCCAAAGUGUCUUAAUCCUUUGCCCUCUUGCAAAGAACUUAACAGCCCUGUUUGGCUUUUGUAGGAAGCUCUCCUCCUUGCCCAGGAGACUGAGAAACAGCUGAGCGAGAAGGAGGUCUGCAACGAGACCAUGUUGGCCCUCUGGGAAGAGUGCAAGCCUUGCUUGAAACAGACCUGCAUGAGGUUUUACACCCGGACGUGCCACAGUGGAGCCGGUCUGGUCGGCAGGCAGGUGAGCAUGUGAUUUGGGUACCCCAAGAAUCCGCCUGGAGAACCGGGGAAACAUCUGAUACGGAAAGAUAAAUAUCUGGAUGGGGCCAGGCGGGGCACACAGGGUCGGGCAUGGCAAGUCAGCCAGAGAAGGCUCUGUCCCUCGUCCUCCCUUGUUGCGCCAGGGGCCAGGGAUCAGGACCUCAGGGGAUGAACGGGGUCCCCAGGAGUGGGCAUAUGGAAGAAAGUCCUUAAGGUACCCAGACUCUGCAAACUAUUUUGGGUUUUAAAGGGGUGAAGCAGCCUAGGGCUGGAGGUUCUGGUCGCCUCGCCUCUGAAAGGAUAUCGAAGAGUUGGAAAAGGUUCGGGAAAGGGCACCCAGAAUGAUCUCACGGGGAUGGGGUAGCUCCCUAAUAAUAACAAUAACAAUAAUAAUAAUAAUUUAUUUAUACCCCGCCCAUCUGGCUGGGGUCUCCCCAGCCACCCUGGGCAGCUUCCAACAAAGUAUUAAAAUACAGUAGUCUGUUAAACAUUAAAAGCUUCCCUAAAGAGGACUGCCUUCAGAUGUCUUCUAAAAGUCUGGUAGUUGUUGUUCUCAUGUUGUGAACGGGCCUCCAGAACAGAUCUUGUUCGCAAGCAGAGGUACCACUGUACAUUAAUAAUAAUAAUAAUAAUAAUAAUAAUAAUAAUAAUAAUUUAUUAUUUAUACCCCACCCAUCUGGGCAGCUUCCAACCAAGUAUUAAAAUACAGUAGUCUGUUAAACAGGGACACGGGUGGCGCUGUGGGUUAAACCACAGAACCUAGGACUUGCCGACCACAAGGUCGGCGGUUCGAAUCCCCGCAAUGGGGUGAGUUCCCGUUGCUCAGUCCCUGCUCCUGCCCACCUAGCAGUUCGAAAGCAUGUCAAAGUGCAAGUAGAUAAAUAGGUACCCCUCCAGCGGGAAGGCAAACGGCGUUUCCGUGAGCUGCUCUGGUUCGCUAGAAGCGGCUUAGUCAUGCUGGCCACAUGACCCAGAAGCUGUACGCCGGCUCCCUCGGCCAAUAAAGCGAGAUGAGCGCCGCAACCCCAGAGUCGGCCACAACUGGAUCUAAUGGUCAGGUGUCCCUUUACCUUCUACCUUAGUCGGUUAAACAUUAAAAGCUUCCCUAAAAAGGGCUGCCUUCAGAUGUCUUCUAAAUGUCAGGUAGUUGUUUAUCUCUUUGACAUCUGUUGGGAGGGCAUUCCACAGGGUGGGUGCCACCAUCUGGGAGAGGCACACUGCUGCCUGGUUGCCCAGCGCAGCGCUGGCUCGCGGGAAGGAACCGCCAGAAGGCUCAUGGCGCUGGACCUCAGUACCCAGGCUGCAGCAAUGGAGAAGCUGGCAGGCGGCUCCUUCAGGUAUACUGGACUGAGGCCAUUUAGGGCUUUGCCAAGGUGCAGCAUCAACACUUGAUGUGCUCGACGCUGCUGGGGCCAAUGUAGGUCUUUCAAGACCGGUGUUAUGUGGUCUCGGCGACUGCUCCCAGUCCCCAGUUUAGCUGCCGCAUUCUGGAUUAAUUGCAGUUUCCGGGUCACCUUCAAAGGUAGCCCCAUGUAGAGCGCAUUGCAGUAGUCCAAGCGGGAGAUAACCAGAGCAUGCACUGCUCUGGCGAGGCAGUCUGCGGGCAGAUAGGGUCUCAUCCUGCGUACCAGAUGGAGCUGGUAAACAGCUGCCCUGGACACAGAACUGACCUGUGUCUCCAUGGACAGCUGUGAGUCCAGAAUGACCCCCAGGCUGCGCACCAGGUCCUUCUGGGGCACAGUUACACCAUUCAGGACCAGGGAGUCCUCCACACCUGCCCACCCCCUGUCCUUCCCAAAACAGUACUUCUGUCUUGUCAGGGUUCAACCUCAAUCUGUUAGACGCCAUCCGUCCAUUAUCUGGAAAGGUUGCAACAUUGGGGACUUUUUAUGCCGGGGCAUGCGCAGAGUGCCCACUGCAAUGCCAGGAGAGUGUGCCGAAAGAACACGGCAACACCAAACCGUUCUAGGAAGAGUCAAUUGCUUUGCUGACAGUAUAAUGCGGUUUCACACAGUUGUAGAUCCUUGCAGCAUAUAGAUGAUGUUCUGAAGCUUGCCGCAACCACAUCAGCAUUUAUACUCUAUAUUGUGCUGACUCGUUCUCACAUGCUUGCUGACUCAUUCUCACAUGCUUAACUAGCUGCAGGUGCAGGAUGAGGCACGGCCAAAUUAAACAGCACACCAAAACCAGCCGUUUCUUGUCCCCUUUCUUCUGUGUGCAUAAACCUACACUAACAUUUUAAUUUAAAGAAAAGGCGAGUACGAGGUGUCAUGCCAGAAGUUCAUGAAAUUAUGUGCAGUGUGGAGAAAGGGGAUCGAGAAAGUUUUUCUUCCUCUCUCCUAGCACAUUGAGUGAAGCUGAAAGUUGGAAGAUUCGGGGCAGUGAAGAGAAAGGGCUUCUUAACAUAGUUAAACUAUGGAACUCAUUGCCACAGGAGGUAGAGAGGAGAACCAACCUGGAUUAGGAAAAUUCAUGGAGGAGUGGCUCCUAGUCAGGAUGGCACUCAGAGGCAGCGAUGCUUCUGAAUCCCAGGUGCUGGAAAACCCAGGAGGGAGAGGGCUCCUGAGUUCGAAUCCUGCUUGGGGGUUUCCCUUUGGGACAUCUGAUUGGCCACUUUGAGAACCAGAAAAGGCUGCUGGAUCAAGCCAAGUGGCUGUGGGAAACCGGCGAGCAGGAUUCAUGCAUGAGAGCAAUUCUGCGUUCCUAGAGGGUUUCCGCAACUGGUAAAAAGGCGAAGCGAGAGGUUCCAGCAGGCUCUUCAUAGGUUCUUAGGCAGGGUCAGCAAACUUUUUCAGCAGAGGGCCGGUCCACUGUCCCUCAGACCUUGUGGGGGGCCGGACUAUAUUUUGGAAAAAAAAUAUGAAUGAAUUCCUAUGCCCCACAAAUAACCCAGAGAUGCAUUUGAAAUAAAAGGACACAUUCUACUCAUGUAAAAACACACUGAUUCCCAGAUUGUCUGUAGGCCAGAUUAAGAAGGAGAUUGGGCCGGAUCUGGCCCCCAGUCCUUAGUUUGCCUACCCGUGUUCUUAGGCAUUGCUAAACCAGUUGUGGGCAGCUACCUGCCAUGACUCUCUGUAACGAAGUUUUGACUGGUCCAAAAUCCCAUUCACCGUUUCCCUCUCCCUGCUGCCCUACCGCUUGACGUUCCCACUGGAUUAUCCUCCAGGGCUUAGCUGAUGGGGAACGGAGUUCCCUAAUUGUAGGGACCCCUUUCCCCAUCUUGUGGUUUAGUUUAAUUUAAUUUAAUUUAAUUUAUAUACCACCCUAUACCCGGGGUUUCAGGGCAGUUCACAGAAUAAAAUUAAGAUAUAAAACCACAACAUAUAAUCAGAGUAAAGACAACAACCCAAUAACACCCCCCCCAUAAAAGAAACACGUUUUAAAAGGGCAUAGGAUGCCAAUCAGAUCAACCAAAGGCCUGGUUAAAAAGGAACGUUUUUGCCUGGCGCCUAAAGGUGUAUAAUGAAGGCGCCAGGUGAUCGUCCCUGGGAAGAGCAUUCCACAGACGGAGCCACUGCAGAAAAGGCCCUGUUCUAAACUAAUGCAAGAUGUUCCUCCUUAGAGCUGAUGGCCAGGGGCUGUGGGGCAUUCGCUGCCCUUGUUCAGGAUGGAGGGACCCUCUUGGGCGCAGAGCAGACCCUCUUGGUAGUUCCUCCGCCUCUGGGGGCCCCAGGGAGAGACAGACUUCUCCAUGGGACUCCCUCCUCUUUGCCACCCUGACCUGUUCCUUUUGAGGGGAAUGAUUUUAGGAACCACCUUAUUUUCAUGGCUGUAAGCUGUUUUAUGGGACACGGGUGGCGCUGUGGGUUAAACCACAGAGCCUAGGACUUGCCGAUCAGAAGGUCAGCAGUUCGAAUCCCCGCGACGGGGUGAGCUCUUGUUGCUCUGUCCCUGCUCCUGCCAACCUAGCAGUUCAAAAGCAUGUCAAAGUGCAAGUAAAUAGGUACCACUCCAGCGGGAAGGUAAACGGCGUUUCUGUGCGCUGCUCUGGUUCGCCAGAAGCGGCUUAGUCCUGCUGGCGACAUGACUUGGAAGCUGUACGCCGGUUCCCUUGGCCUAUAUAGUGAGAUGAGCGCUGCAACCCCAGAGUCGUUCGCAACUGGACCUAAUGGUCAGGGGUCCCUUUACCUUUAAAGGUGUAUAAUGAAAGUGCCAGGCGAACUUCCCUGGGGAGAACAUUCCACAGACGGGGAGCCACUGCAGAGAAGGCCCCGCUCUCGUGUUGCCACCCUCUGGACCUCUCGAGGAGGCGGCACACGAAGGAGGGCCUCAGAAGAUGAUAUUGGGGUCCGGGUUGGUUCAUAUGGGGAGAGGCGGUCCUGAGCCGUUUAAGGCUUUCUAGGUGUAGACGCUGCAAGGAUGCUCUGGGCUUUUCUCUGCUCUCGCUGCUCCAGCUGGAGGACUUCCUCAACCACUCCUCGCCCUUCACGAUCUGGGUCAACGGGGAGCGCAUCGACUCACUGAAGGACGCGGACGAGGACCAAGGCCAGCGGCUGGACGACCUGGAGGAACGCUACAGCCUGGUCGAGGGUGGCGUGGACGACCUCUUCCAAGAGAGCACCCAGGCCUACGGCCACCUGGCCCCCUUCUUCCAGUCGCCCUUCAGCGGCUUCCGAGAUAUGUUCUGGGGUCCCAUCCGCAGCAUCCGCCUCCCGGGGUCCCGCCUGGCCCGGGACGUGUCCCCCUUCCCCGCCUUCCCUGGCCAGUACCGACCCCACCAGGACUUCCACCAGCUCUUCCAGUCGCUCCACCAGAUGACCCAGCAGCUCAUGGACGGGGUGCAGAAGGGGCCCUUUGGCCAGUGGCCGGAAGGACGGCCGGGGCUUUCCCUGGGGAGGUUCCCGACAGGUGAGUGGAGAUGGCGGGCAGGUGAGCAGGUCUGGCCUCUGACACCCAUCCAAAAUUGCCCGCCUGCUGGGCAAUAGAUACAGGACAUACAGUAGAUUCCAGCGUAUUAGGCAACUGGGCGUAUAAGACGACCCCCCAAAUUGGCAGCUCCAACUUGGGGGGGUCGUCUUAUACGCUUCGGCAGCUUCGCCGGGCAGCUUCCUCCCAGUGCAGUUAAAAAGUUGUCUUAUAUGCCGGAAUCUACGGUAAUACAGAUUUUAACCUCUGGGAAAAACUUUGGAAAAGCAAUUUGAAGUUUACAGCAUGUUAUUCCCUGAGGGAGAACUACUUGAAAAUGAUUUACAGAUGGUAUUGUCCAGUAGCACCUUAGAGACCAACUCAGUUUGUUCUGGAUAUAAGCUUUCGUGUGCAUGCACACUUCUUCAGAUACCUACCUGAAUCUAGAUGGUGUUUAACUCCGAGUAGGCUUGCUUAAAUGUAUAAGACUGAAUCAGAUAGGUACUGGAGAUGCAAAGAGGCAGAGGGAAUGUUCUUUCAUAUGUGGUGGACUUGUAAAAGGGUAAAAGUAUUGGGAAUUGAUCCAUAAUGAAUUGGAAAAAAAUCUUUAAAAGCACUCCUCCCCCCCAAAAAAACACCAAAGUCCUUUUUGUUGGGGAUAAUGGAGACAAGUAGAAAGUGUAGUCCCCAGCCCAGAUCAGAAUUGGGACCUGUGCUUUUUGACUUGUUUGCAAAUUAUCUAGAGCCCCGGGUGGUUAGAACCAAAAGGGGUUGCCAAGAGCUGCAAAAGGAGUGAAUGGGUGGUAAAACGGGAAACCCAGUUAGAUGUUGACAAGUGUAAAGUGUCAGGGAAAAAAAAUAUCUUAAUUUCACACCUGCACUCGUGGGGUCUGAACUGAUGAACUAGGAACGAGACCUUGAGCUUGGAGUGGAUGGUUUGAUGAGGAGGUUGACCCUGUGUGUGGCAAACACCAUGCUAGGAAUCAUUAGGAAAGGAACUGGAAAUUAAACUGCCAGUAUCGUGAUGCCGUUAUGCAAUGAGUCAGGUCAAUGGGUCCAUGUAGCUCCAUAUUGCCUGCACAGACUGGUAGCAGUUAUACCCAGUUUCAGGCAGGAGAUACGUCCAGCUCCAGUGGGGAUGGGCCCUUCUGCUGGCCUGGUUCUGAGCACCCAGCAGCCCCCUUUUCCCAUUAGGAUGGUGGCGAGGAAAGCAUUACGAUACUUGCAGUUCCCCUUGGCUUUAAUGGAAGAUGCCAGUUUGUGUCUUGGGUGCAUCAGGGAGGGACUAGAAGCCCCCGCCAUUAGAGUCACCGUCUCUCUCCUUCUCUGCCAGGGGCUCCCAGUCCUGCGGACGACCGCCUGGUGUGCCGUGAGAUCCGCCGCAAUUCUGCCGGCUGCCUGAGGAUGAGGGAGAAGUGCGAGAAAUGCCAGGCCAUCUUGGACGUCGGUGAGUCGGUCAAGGCUGCCUCUUGAUUCAUGAAAACAACUUCCCUUUGGGGGGCAGUGUUCUCUUUUUGGGUUGGAGCCCCCCCACCCCACCACUGUCCAUUCAGUUUUCUUGUUGUUGUUUAGUUGUGUCCGCCUCUUCGUGACCCCCUGGACCAGAGCCCACCAGGCCCUCCUGUCUUCCACUGCCUCCCGCAGUUUGCUCAAACUCAGCCUGGUAGCUUCGAGAACACUGUCCAACCAUCUCGUCCUCUGUCGUCCCCUUCUCCUUGUGCCCUCCAUCUUUCCCAACAUCAGGGUCUUUUCCAGAGAGUCUUCUCUUCUCAUGAGGUGGCCAAAGUCUUGGAGCCUCAGCUUCACGAUCUGUCCUUCCAGUGAGCACUCAGGGCUGAUUUCUUUAAGAAUGGAUGCGUUUGAUCUUCUUGCAGUCCAUGGGACUCUCCAGAGUCUCCUCCAGCACCAGAAUUCAAAAGCAUCCAUUCUCUGGCGAUCAGCCUUCUUUAUGGUCCAGCUCUCACUUCCAUUCAUCACUACUGGGAAAACCAUAGCUUUAAGUAUACGUUGGCAAGGUGAUGUCUCUGCUUUUUGAGAUGCUGUCUAGGUUUGUCAUUGCUUUUCUCCCAAGAAGCAGGCGUCUUUUAAUUUCGUGGCUGUUGUCACCAUCUGCAGUGAUCAUGGAGCCCAAGAAAGUAAAAUCUCUCACUUGCCUCCAUUUCUUCCCCUUCUAUUUGCCAGGAGGUGAUGGGCCCAGUGGCCAUGAUCUUUGUUUUUUUGAUGUUGAGCCUCAGACCAUAUUUUGCGCUCUCCUCUUUCACCCUCAAUAAAAGGUUCUUUAAUUCCUCCUCACUUUCUGCCAUCGAGGUUGGGUCAUCUGCAUAUCUGAGGUUGUUAAUAUUUCUUCCAGCAAUCUUAAUUCUGGCUAGGGAUUCAUCCAGCCCAGCCUUUCGCAUGAUGAAUUCUUCAUAUAAGUUAAAUAAGCAGGGAGACAAUAUACAGCCUUGCCGUACUCCUUUCCCAAUUUUGAACCAAUCAGUUGUUCCAUAUCCAGUUCUAACUGUAGCUUCUUGUCCCACAUAGAGAUUUCUCAGGAGACAGAUGAGGUGAUCAGGCACUCCCAUUUCUUUAAGAAAUUGCCAUAGUUUGCUGUGGUCGACACAGUCAAAGGCUUUUGCACAGUCAAUGAAGCAGUUUUCUUACAGAGUUUUCUUACAGUUUUCUUACAGAGCCUGAAUUUUGGGGUCAGGAGCUGCAAUGGGUUUGGAGUAACUUUGCAGGAGAUGGGCCACUUAGUUCUUCCUCGCCUGGAUUGCCCAGUUCUGGGUGCCAAAGAUGGGGAGGGUCUGUGCCAUCAUAAAAUCAGAAAGUUGGAAGGGACAAUGAGGGUCAUUUAGUCCAGCCCCCUAAAAUGCAGGAAUCAUUUGCCCAAAGUGGGGCUCAAAUCCACGACCCCAAGAUAAAGUAUCUCUUGCUCUACUGACCGAGCGCUUUGCUCUGGAUCAAUUUUGAAAAUAAUAUUUCAUUGACAAUUCCUUAUUGUUUCACUGGGGUGUCUAGUAAAAAAACCAAAACAUUUAUUGCGGUACGGCUUGAUUUCAUAUCCUUUACACAUAAGGAGGCAUGUGGACAAAUGGUCGUUCCUGCUUGUGCUAAAGUAUGGGUUUCAUGAAAAUACAGUCAAUAAGACACAAUAAACCCAUGUUCUUUUAUUUUAUCAUAUCUUAUUCUGAUUGUCUCUCUGUUCAAAUGAUGUGCACAUGAUAAGAUGGCAAGGAAAUUAAGAUGAACAUUUUUGUCUGAUCCAGCCAAUGUAUUGAUAAUUACUGGGGUGUUUCCCUCCCCCAAAUAUUUGGAAUAUUCUCAAACAUAUUCUGCUGUACUCAUGUUCCAUGCAUAAUGAGGCUGCAUAAUACUUCUUUUCCUGGCAUAUUUUCUCUCUCUCCUAUUCUUUCUGUAAAUUUUUCCUUUUCUUAUACAGUGGAUGCUCUGGUUGUGAACGUGAUCCGUGUGUGAGGCACGUUCGCAACCCGCAGCGUUUGCAACCUGCAGUGUCGCGUCUGCGCAAGUGCGGGUUGUGAUUCAGUGUUUCUAUCCAUGUGCAAAGCACGAUUUCUUGAUUCUGCGCAUGCGCGAGUGCCGAAACCCGGAAGUAACCCAUUCCGGUACUUCCGGGUUUCGGCGUGUCUGUAACCCGAAAACACGCAACCUGAAGCGUCUGUAACCCGAGGUCUGACUGUAAUUUUAAAAUAUCAGUAAAAAUUAUAUGGGGGAAAAAGAUGAGGGUGUUUUGCUCUGGAUCCUUCGCUUUCCAGAAGGAUCUUUGAUCAAAGAUUCUGUGCUCCACAAUUUUAUGAUUCUAUUAUUCCCUCGACCUUUGCUUCCCUGCCUCCAAACCUCCUCCAGAUUGCUCCCAGACAGACCCGGAGCAGACCCUGCUGAGAGAGCGUUUUGAGGACGCCCUUCGACUGGCGGAGCGCUUUACCCGGAGAUACGACGAAAUCCUCAAGGCUUUCCAGGAGGAGAUGCUCAACACCACCAGUCUCCUGGACCAGCUCAACCAGCAGUUUGGCUGGGUGUCCCGCCUGGCCAACGUCACGCGGAAUAGCGACAAACUUCUGCAGGUCACCAUGGUGGGUAUCUCCUUGCCCCUGUGCCUAGUCCGCCCAUAAUGCUCUGCCAUGCUUUGCUCAGCCUAACUAUGGGUUGUUUGCAUGUGCGGAUGCAGCCAAGCACACUGAUCAUGGUUUGUUUUCUACCAGCAAACCAGGGUUUGCCUUACGGACCAUGGUUUAACAGUGGUUUGGCAUUAUGUCCAAACACAAAAACCUUGCUUAGCCAUGGUUGUUUUUUGUUGUUGUUGUGAGUCGUGGUUGUUUGUUGUUGUUGUAAUUUACAGUGGACGCUCGGUUUGCGAAUAUGAUCCGUGCAGGAUGCACGUACGCAACCCACAGCGUUCGCAACCCACGUCUGCGCACACGUGGGUUGUGAUUCAGCGCUUCUGUGCAUACGCAAAGCAAGAUUUAGUGCUUCUGCACAUGCGCGACCGCCGAAACAUGGAAGUAACCCAUUCCACAACCCAAAAGUUGUGGCUUUUGUUAAUCUUUAGGUAGAUUUUUGGGCCAGGAAACAGAGUUCACAUAUAGGUGGUAAAACGCCUGUCUUUCCUUUUACUGCCUAUUUGUGACCUCUGGGAUUUGCUAAAUGCAUUCCUCCUGGGUUCCUGUUUUAUUUAGCCUAAACAUGUAUGCAUGCUCAAAAUAGGAAAUAGUUCUUUGUAGUUAAGAAGCUUUCUCUGAUCGGACUUUGUCCACACGUGGGGAUUUUCUGAAAUGCUCAGGGGAAAUCUGAUUGAUUCUUACAAACGCUUUGUAAAAGUUCUUUUGUUAAUAAGAAUGACCUGGGCCAGGGAGUGGGAUGCGCACUUUCUCCCAGGGUCUUGCUGGUCAAGCCUCUUGUCUAUUGUAUUAAUUGGGGUCCAGUCCUUCCUUUGCCUUCAGAACGCAACACUGGUCACAGCUGGGAGAAUCCAGUGUGCAGCAAGAACUGCCUUCUGAAUCGCUUGCAUGUGCGAAGAGCCAUUGAUCUGCUUCCCCCUCUUCUCCAAGGUGGCGACCAAAACUUCUGACCCCGAGGACCCAGCCCAGCCGUCGGACACACAGGUGACCGUCCAGCUCUUUGACUCUGAGCCGCUGACCCUGUUGGUGCCGGGGGACCUGGAAGUGAAAGACCCCCGAUUCAUGGACCUAGUGACCAAGCAGGCCAUCCGCCAGUUCAAGGCCAAUGAAGUGUAAGUGUCCAGAGGGCUCAGUAGCUAGAGCCAUCCGCCUUGCAGGGGAAAGGUUCUGGGUUCGAAAUGCGGUGGCACUUCCAGGUAGGGCUGGGGGGAGACUCUGUGCCUGAAACCCCAGACAGCCAUGGCUGCCAAUCCGUGUAGACCAGGGUUUCCCAAACUUGGGUCUCCAGCUGGUUUUUUGGGGGACUACAACUCCCAUCAUCCUGAGCUAGCAGGGGAUGAUGGGAAUUGUAGUCCGGAAAUAGCUGGAGAGAGAGAGCAUUGUGGAGUAGAUCUGGUCCCAUUUUUUAAGCAGGGGUUGGAUGGCCACCAGGGAUGGAUGCUUUUAGCUGAGAUUCCUUUCUUGCAGGGGGUUAGACUAGAUGACCCUGGGGUGUCCCUCCCAUCUUGUGAUUCAUUAUUCUUAUCCCCCUACAGGUACAAUUCCCAGAGUUCCCUGUGAAUGAUUGAUUGCUAAAGCACUCUUUUGGCCACAUUCACACCAUAUCUUUAAAGCGCUAUUUAGUUUAUAAAAACUGCUUGAUUUAAAAUGAGAAAAAGACCGCAAAGUGGUUUAAAAAAAAAAAGAUUAAAAAAUUAUUGACAGAAAUUUCAGACUUUUGAAAAGUUAAAAUAACGGUAGACCAAACAACAGAUUAACUAGAUACCAUUUUAAACAGUAAUAGCUUCUCAGAAAAAAAUCUGGGAGCUGUAGUUUUCAGGGCGCCGAGAUUCUUAUUCCCCCUGCAGAGCUACAAUUCGCAGAGCGAUUUAUGGCUUAACCAUCCUUCCUUCUCCACGGCGAACUCUGGAAAUUGUAGCUCUCCACGCCUUGAGAAAACUACAGUUCCCAGGGUUCUUUGGGGCCAGCCGUGACUGUUUAAAGCAGUUCCAUAGCGGCUCUUUGGGCUCUACCAUUCAGGACCGCGGGAGGGGGGUCUCGCGUGGGAUUGGAGUUCGCUCACUGGCGUGUUCCAUCACGUGACACCCCUCCCUGCACCCAGUCCGAAGGGGUCCACCCCAGACACAGGGCUACUUAACUUUUGGGGGGAAACUGAGCCCCUUGAGCUUUAGCCGAGGCAGAUGGCGCAGGGUCCCCCGAGAGGCCAUGCCUCGAAUUGGGGGCUCCAAACGGUGUGGCCCCCCUCUCAGAAAUGAGCUGGGCUCCAUGGGCUCUUCUUAAGGAGCUUCCAAGGCCAGGGGCAGUCUACCUGGAUUCCUAGCUUCCCAGGGGUAUUGGCCGCUGUAUUUGGCUAUUCACCGUAUUUUUCGCUCCAUAAGACGCAUCUGGCCAUAAGACGCACCUAGUUUUUAGAGGAGGAAAGGGGGAAAGCCCCCUUUUUUUGAGGAUCAGCUCACAGUUGUUGAGCUUACUUUGCAAAGGGAAAAAAUCCUGCUUUUAUGGGGUUCAACUCACAGUUCUGCAGCUUCUUUAGGAAAGGAAAGGGAGCCCUUUCUGCAGUUUCCAGACAGAUAAUCUAAUCAGCCAGUCCCAUGUCGCUGGGGAAACAAACAGCCUCCGUCUGCAGAACAUUCAAAAAUGGAGGCCUGGGCAAGGGAGCGGGGCCAGAAAGGCAUAGCUGUCAAGUGUCCCUUAUUUGGCGGGAAACUCCCUUAUCCCAGCGCCAUGUCCCGCUGCUGUCCCUUAUUGAUGAUGUCCCUUAAUUUCCUGGGUUUCACGCUCGCCCGGCUUUGGAGGGAAGCAGCGGCUCGGGGUCCUCUGCCUCGAGAGAGCAAGAGAGAGAGCGCGCACAAGCUGCCGCGUCUCCGUCUCUCCCUUUCCCCCCUCAGGGGCGCAUUGUGAGGAGACGGGUGGCAGCGGUCGGGCAGUCAGCCCCUCUCUUGCAAGACUUCUGCUGCGCUGCCAGGGGAAGCCGGAGGCGGCAGCGGCUGAGGAGGCAGCCUGAGGGAGGAGGAAGAGGAGGGGAUGGGGAGGGACGCAGAAGGGCGGCGCCGCAACCGAUUCAUGCCAGGCUUGCGGGCAGCGUGGCCGAGUGUCUCUGUUCCUCCCUCCCUCUCUCUCGGGCGGGGAAGGGCCGAUGGAACUCCUCGCACCAGGACAAUGGCAGCCCCGAUGUGCUGCUUAGCAUCCCCUCCAACCAGUGCAGCAUCUUAAUGUAGUGAUUUCCCCCUCUGCAUCCCUUUCCUAACUCUAUUUUUAUAAAUCAUUUGUCCAUCCAUAGUUCAAAUUUUUACUACAAGUUUUCUGUCAAUCUUACCAAUGUAUGUAACUCUUUACAAUAGCUUUUCAGCUAAAUUAUAUACUUUCCCCAUUCUUAAUUAAAGAGGUCCUCUUCCUGGUUUCUAAUUCUGCCUGUAAGCUUUGCCGUCUGGACGUCGUUCAUCAGUUUUGUCUGCCACUCUUCUUUGGUCGGAGUUGUAGACCCUUAGGAUCAUCUAGUCCAACCUCCUGCAUAACACAGUCAGUCGCAGCGAAAGCAGCCUGGCUCCAUCAGUGGCAGAUUUCUGUAUAAGCUAAGCAAAAUCCCUUAUUUUGGCUGCUGAUCCCUUAUUUUCGAGGCUGCUGGUCCCUUAUUUUCAAAUCUGUAAGUUGACAGCUAUGCAGAAAGGGAGCCAGCAAUCGGCCACACAUUCAUUCCAUAAGACGCACAGACCAUAAUUCGUUCCAUAAGACGCACUUGCUUUUUAGGAGGAAAAAGGUGCGUCUUAUGGAGCGAAAAAUACAGUAGUUCUUCCGCAACAAAUAACUUUCUCUUUCCCCCUUCUCUCUCCCCCCCCUUCAAACAGGGAGUAGCUUUGCCUCCCCCCCCCCCGCCUGCCCCCCCUGGAUCUCAGGCCACGACAAGGGAGAGAGAGAGAAGCCAUAGCCUUCUGCUGUUCCUGCUGCCAAUACUCUCUUAGCACGCCUCCGAGGACCUUCGCCCGCCAAGCGCUGUCCGUCUGUCUUAGUAGUUUACACUGUACCGCCUGCCCUGUUUUUGCUGCUGGGUCUUUGCUGAUCCGAACCCGAAAUAAAAGAUUAUAUUAGGCCCAAUGCUCUGGG